AUGGUGACUAAGACAUCUCCUCCUCUGAAGGAAUGGGGGACAAGUGGCACUACUGGUGGCUUAACCUUGAUAUGGAAGAGCAAUCUGGAUAUUGAAAUAACUUAUUUCUCCCUAAACCAUAUCAAUGCUAUAGCCAGACCCACUAUUGGUUUCCCCUGGCUUUUCAAUGGCUAUUAUGGUAGCCCUUAUGAUUUCAAUAGUAAAGAUGAGUCUUGGAAUCUGUUGGAUAAAACUGCAUCUAACAACCAAUUACCCUGGUUGGUAAUUGGUGAUUUCAAUAUCAUUCUUCAUGACACUGAAAAGUUCAGUACUCAACCAAGCGAUGCCAAUGAAGUUGUCUUUUUUAACAACAAGAUUUUAGAUCUUGAUUUGGUGGAUCUGGGCACCACUGAAUGCCCAUUCACUUGGUCCAACAAGAUGAGUGGUCAUGCUCUCACUGAACAAAGAUUAAAUAGAGGACUAGCAACUGAAAGUUGGCUACUUCGAUAUCCUAAUUCCACCAUAUCUAAUAUGCUGGCUAUUGGAUCUGAUAACCACCCCAUUCUAUUAAAUUCUAACCCCAAUUGGAAAAUUGGUAAAAUUCCUUUCAAGUUCUUUGGUCCUUGGUUGGAUCAUGAGGACUACAAGAAAAUCAUAGCUGAGUGCUAG